GGUCCUUAUUUAUAUAACCUAAAAUUUGUUUUGUAGUAAUUUAAUAGGCGCACGAAACUGAUUAUUUUAUAUAUUCUUUUUAGUGUAAAAGGAGAUAAAAAACAAACGACGAUGUCGACGAUUCAGAAAAAGUUAGAACUGUCGAAUUUACCGAGUCGUGAUCACGAACCCCAACCAUCAACAAGUACAUCGAAAGCACCUGAAUCAGAUACAUUGUUAACAACUCCUUCACCAUCUGAUGUCGAGAGAAUUCCAAUAGUAAUCAGUGGUGAUGGUGAGUUAGAAGAAACCUAUGCACCACUUCCAAAAAAAAGGCAACUUUCAAUUGUACAAUCAAUGGAACGAAAAUACUCUUAUUUGGAUGGAGGAAAAGAUUAUUUGAAACUCUGCAAAUGUUUGCUUUAUUUUAUUUGCGUUGAUAAAAGACCGUUUGACAUUGUGAAAGGGCGUGGGUUUAAAAAAUUGAUGCAUCAAGCGUGUCCAUCAUUUAAAAUUCCUCAUGUAGAUACCCUUAAAGCACAAUUCGAACACUUUUAUAGUGUAAUGCGAGCAUUAGUAAGCAAGGUACGAGACAUUGUAAAAUUUUUCAAGAACAGUGUAAUCCUCAGUGACUCUUUACGUCAAAAACAAACUGGGUCUCAACCUCUCAAACUGAUUUUAGACGUGAAGACUCGGUGGAAUUCCGUCUAUUAUAUGCUACAGAGAUACAUUGAAUUAGCACCAAUAGUUAAUCAAAUUUUGAUGUUAAAUACAAAAGCACCACCCACACCAUCGGCUGUAGAAAUGCAAAAUAUUAAAACAUUGAUUUGUAUUUUGAAACCGCUGGAGUAUGUAACCAAAGAGUUAUCAGGUGAACAGUAUGCAACCAUUAGUAAAAUAAUUCCGAUGGUGAACUGUUUGAAGACGCAGAUUAAUAAUAUACCUAUGGCUGUAGGUGAUGGUGAUGGUCCCCAUGGAAGGGUAAUAGAUACAGUAAAAAAAGAAAUCCUAAAACAGAUAGAACGCCGAUUCGGACAUAUUGAAGAUAAUUAUUUGAUUGCAAUGUCAUGUUUGCUAGAUCCGAGAUUCAAGAAUAUCCAUUUUCAGGACGCUAAAGCUUGUGCAAAGGCAAUUUCUUUACUGAGAAGAUAUAUAACAACGUCUCCUAGUGUUAUCGGCAGCGAUCAUGACAGCGAUUCCUCUCUUGAAACAACUUACGAUUUUUGGAGUCACCACAAGAAAUUAGCUCACAUGAAAAAGCGAUGUAAAACCAGUUCUUCAUCACAGUUUGAAAAUAAGGAUGAAAUAAUUAUUUAUCAACACAGGUUUCGCCACAUGAAAGUUGUUUUCCCAAAAUUAUAUAAAUUGGCACAAGAAUUUUUAUCGAUUCCUGCGACUUCAGUGCUCUCAGAAAGAUUGUUUUCGAAAGCUGGAAGUACAAUUACUAAAACCCGUAACCGCCUAUCGCCAAAAAGGCUCGACGAACUUCUUUUCUUGAGCGAUUGUACCGAGGAGGAAUGGGAUUUAUAA